ACUGUGACAUGAGCAUGGGAGGGGCUGCUGCAAAACACCAGAUAGAAUGAAUGCAAAGAGCCAAAAGAAUACUUCCUGUUGAUGCAAAAAUUGCAGCAGCAGUUCUGUCUGACACAUCUGGACUGGAGAGGGGGGGAGGCCUGGCGGCAGUGAGGCGAUCUACUGAGGGGAAUGGACCGCGUUUAACGAUAACUUACAGGACGGCUUCAAACUGGAGAAAUAUCUUGAAGAAAUGGACGACGGCAGCUACAUCGAUUUUGAUGUGCCGGAGUUCAGCAAUACCGUUCUGAGCCAGCUCAAUGAGCUGCGGCUGCAGGGCAAGCUGUGUGACAUCAUUGUCCACAUCCAGGGCCAGCCCUUCCGUGCCCACAAGGCCGUGCUGGCAGCCAGCUCACCAUACUUCCGGGAUCACUCUGCCCUCAGCACCAUGAGCGGUCUCUCUAUCUCGGUCAUUAAAAGCCCAGAGGUGUUUGAGCAGCUCCUGGCCUUCUGCUACACAGGCCAUAUGUCCCUGCAGCUCAAAGAUAUUAUCAGCUUCCUCACUGCUGCCAGUUUUCUGCAGAUGCAAGCCAUAAUAGACAAAUGUACCCAAAUACUGGAGAGCAUCCACUCCAAGAUCAGCCUCCCCAUGGGCAGUCCAGAGAAAGAGGAGAGCGGCCGCAAUGGGGUCAAUGAUAGUGACCUCUUUGUAAACCCCACCCAGAUCUCCCCCCCUUACUACUCCCGCCAGUCUCAGGCAGCGCAUGAGCUGGCAGCCAAAGCCCUGAGCCGAGGGCGGCAGCCACUAGAGGAGGGCCAGUCGGACCGGGGCAGCAGCGACAGUGUGUCAGAGCACGAUGCACCCAUAGAGGGAGACACUGAGCAGGUGGAACUGAUUGGAAAGGAUGGGCAAGUGACAGAUGUGCACGUCAAAGUGGAGAGGACGGAGCGGCCCACGUACUCCGACAGCUCAUCUGCAGGAGACGAUGGCUACCACACAGAGCUGGUGGAUGGAGAGCAGGUGUUGGCUGUUAGUGUGGGCUCCUAUGGACCUGUGCUACAGUCUGCUGCCUACUCAUACUCAGGGCUGUCCUCCCCAUGCUUUGUGAGCCUCAGCAGCACCAGUCCGUCUCGCUCCCUGCUCAGUGGGUUCAGAGGAGGCCGGGCGCGGGGUAAGCGCUCUCUGGCACUGCAGCCCUCUGUGUUGAGUCAGAUUAGGCCAGCAUCAGAGGAUAGUGAGGCCACGCUGGGAGCUGUCACUUUAGAGAAUGACGUGAGAGAGAGAAGCCGUCCCACCCAGUGGUACCCCUACAAUGAGAGACUCAUUUGCAUCUACUGUGGUAAAACAUUCAAUCAGAAGGGCAGUCUGGACCGCCACAUGCGCCUGCACAUGGGAAUCACCCCAUUUGUUUGUAAAUUCUGUGGCAAGAAGUACACAAGAAAAGACCAGCUGGAGUACCACAUCCGCGGCCACACAGACAACAAGCCUUUUCACUGUCAGAUCUGUGGGAAGUGUUUCCCUUUUCAGGGCACCCUCAACCAGCACCUGAGGAAGAAGCACAUGGGUGCAUCGGAGAGUAACCACCUGGACUCUCCAGAGCGGAGCGAGGUGGGCGUCAGGCCCUGUGACCCCGCCCACACCCCUGAGGCCUUUGAGUCGCACUACGCUGAGGAGGCUCCAGCAGAUGACAUGGAGGAGAGCUCCAAGUGCAGUCCAGAAGAGUCCCAUGCCUCCAGAUGUGACUUCUGAGGCCUGCUUCAGCUUCAAGAAGCUUUAGAAAUGUUCCUCUUUUGGAAUCUGCCCCUCCCUGAGGGCUCAGGCAGUUUUGUGAUUGGGUGCUUUAUAGAAUUCAGAUUCUUUCAAGCAAAGGGAGUAACAAGUUAAUAUUUUUGAAAAGGCCUCAAUAAUCAAGGUCCUCAUAUUGAUUGAUCUUUUUAUCUUUCCAUAUUUUCUAAAACAUAUUUACAGAGUAUUUACAGUUAUAUCUAGGCAUGUUGCAAUAAUUGAUAAUGUGAAAGCUCUGGUAAGAUGCUUGUCAUAUCACCUUUUUACCUGACCUGUUUUUGCACAUGUGGCCAGAGGGGGUCACUAACUCACAAGGAAUGAUUUUCUGCCAGUGCAAAGCUUCGUGUGAAUAUCCGCUCAAUACCUCAUGAAUCAACUACAUACUCAUAAUAGACAGUAUUUAAACUACACUCACACAGGUUCUACCUCAUAGCCCAGAACCUACAGGCACAAAUCUGUUCACUUUUGUUCCGUUAGGCUCUCUUUGUACAGUUGUCUUGCCAAACCCUGUAAUAUUCAGCCAACACAAAGCCUUGAAACUUAGGAGAAAUAUUCCUUGCUGAUUGUAUGAUUUUUCUUUUUUUAUGUUGCUCAGCCAGGUUAAGAAUAGAUUUAAGAAGGUGCUAUGCUAUGAGUGCAUUUAAAUAGACCGCUUAAAAGCGCAUUUGCUUUUUUGAAAAAGUAUAGCAGCAUAGGCUCAGAAGAAUGUAUAGAGUUGCUGUUUUCAGUGCAGAACACACAGGCUAGGUUAUCAUUCAUCACUACUGCAGUUUGUCAGUUGGAUAGUACUUGGGCCAGCAAAGUGCCGUUAUCUGUAAUGGGUGCAUAUAGUCCAUGCAGACGACUCCAUUUUUUUGAGGGUCCUAUUCUCUACGGCUGUGUGCCAUGUAUUUAGUCCUGAAUUAGAGGACUUAGGUUGAGGAUUUCACUUUUAAUUUCUGUUCAGUUGAAAUGAGUCAUGUUCUUUUUCAUCUAAACAUGAGUGAAGUUCGCUUUGGUCUAACCAAGUGAUUAAUUACUAGUAUAUUAUACAGGUUUAACUUCAAUGUAGUUGAGACCCCAGGUCUAAAUCUGUUAAAGGCACAGCAACAAUAUUCUGCUCUUAAUAAUAUGCAAACAGCGUGAACAAGGAAUUUCAGCCAUUUGAAAUAUUUUUGCUUCCAUUUUUGAAAAAUGCUACUUUAGUUUUGUCUUGAAUGCCCUUCCUUUACUGGAGAUUUAUGCUCAUGUUUGUAUCGUUGUUUGUGCAAAAGCCCAAACACAAAGCUGCGACAAAUGAUGAUGUAGGUGGUGAUCCAAAGGACUGAUGCACAUUGCAGCAUUAGUUAUGGGGAUGAGAAUAGUUUUAGUGAUUACAUUUUCUAUUGGUGAUGUCUAUGAGAUCAGAGGACAGCAGUCCGUCUGCUGUAAUACGAACGUACUUUCAGUAUGAAGCAUUGUGAAACGGUCGGCUUCAGAUAGACCUUACUAAACUCAUACUGUUAUGUUUUGUUCCUUUGGAAGUGAGGGUCAGAAACUAGUACAGAAAAAAUAUUGAUAUGAAUUUAAAAUGAAUCUAUUUAGUGUGAUUGUUACAAGGCACUUAAACCUAAUUGCAGAGUUUGUCCUGGGUGGUUUCCUUUUCUGUCUUCGUACUAUUUUGUGUUGCCUUUGUGUAGGCCUCUAUCCUAUACAUCAGAUUUUGAGCCUCAUGGCCAGUGCUGAAUCAAUUUUGUUGAUUUCAUUUGACUUUUGUAAUUUACAUUUCUAUUUUUGCGGUUGUGGAAGAAAUGUAGUUUUGAUGCUUUUUUCUUUUGUUAUAUUUGCAGUACAUUUUUCACUGAAUGUGCAGCCAAUGGCUUCACCCAGGAAACCAAAUGUAUAUGGAUCUUGUUGCAAGUGUAGCUAGCUUUUCAUUACUUUUCAUACCUUCUUCAAAAAUCUCUCAUCUCCCGUACCACACAGUACUUUUACAUAGAUAUAAUGUUAGCGCUAUAACUGUCAGUUACAGACUUGCAUUGUCAUAUCCCUAAUUCUGCUCAUGACGAGUUUUGCCCCCAUGUACAGACUAAAAUGUGCACCUAGCAAUGUUGUUAUUUUUUACAAAUUGAUCAGUGUGCCAAAAGUUCUCACCAAAGAAUGAGGGGUGAAAUAACCUCAACUGUAUUUGCAUCAUUUGAUGCGUCAGAAGAAUGAGAUUAAUGUUGGCAAUGGAAUGUAUGUUUGGCUAAAAACAAUCAACUUUAUAAAAUAAAUGUACCCCAGCCAUAGGGCUGUAGCCACCUGUUAAACCAUUCAGUAAGCCAUAAAAUGUAAUGUAAGAAGUGUGCAAUAUGUAUUAAAAACAUCAGACAAAAUAUGACACAGAAGUGGCAUCUUACACUUAGUGCCUUGCCACAAGCUUUAUUAUGGCACUUACAUGUGGUGCCUCAUUCCUUUUGAAAUAGUUGAUUUAAGAUGACUAGAAAACAAACAUGAUAAUGUAUAUGUGAUGUAAAACACAAUCAUUUUUAUGAUUUUCAUCUCAUGUCUUUUUUAGUUCUUUGUCAAUUUUUUAUUUUUAAUUUUUUUGCAGCGUGACAGAUCAAAGUUUAUGAUGAAAGUGUUUGAUAGUAGAUCAAAUGAGACAGACCUAUUUCUCCCAGCUGUUUGCUGUUGGACUACUGUAUCCUCUCGAGGACAAUCUUAGUGGUGUACUGUAGAUUUAGGCCUUUGAGAUGAGGAAAGCCGAUGCAUGACAAAAUGACUAAUUUUCCUAAAUAUUUGGUACAAAGAAAUAGCUGUCCAAGUCCUAGAAUAGAAUGCUGGAUGCUGAAAUCAUUUUCAUACUGUAGCCAAAUUACACAUUUCAACAACAUUGUACAAAUUUGCCUUUCUUUUUUAAUCUAUGCCAUCGAUUGCGCACUUUUUUUUUUUAAUUUAACAUACUGUUUGAUGCCAUUGAGAAGGUGCAUUCUUAGCUUUUUAUUCUCCCCAAAUGCCUCAAUCACUUUAUUAGAGACCUUUACAUUAAACGGUGCUUCUAGACUAGUCAGGUGGAUGAAACAUUAUACAAAUCCAUAUACUGUAUUUACCUUAAGGGGGAUUGUCGAUGCUUUUUUGUGAACUAUAGUUACUUAUACCACAUAUAGUUGCUACUUAAUGUAAAGCUGAAAUACAAUCUUGGUUACACUCUUCUGACGUGAACGGGCGGUGCUUAAUGGGCCACAAGUAAUCAAAAAGUGUUUACAAAGGAAGGCUGUCAGACUACUUUUGACAUAGCAGCUCGUCCUAUUCCUUUUUAUACCCGAACUUCAGGUAGUUUACGAACACUGAUACAGGCUUACAAAUAAUCUCAAGUCUUCCAUAGAUUUUCUGUCAAUUUCUGUCCACUGUGUAUUGAAAAAAGCAAUAACAUUUGUAGAAACAUGUAUUGGGAUCUUCAAGCGUCGUAAAAUAUUGGCAUGUCAAUCAAAAAAUCAGGGAGCUGAAGUAGGACAAUUUAAUGUGGAUAAAGCUUAGUUUCUGAAACUUUGGACAGGUUGACUUCUUUUAGAUAAGAAUCUUGGUUUCUUACCAAAAAAUGAUAAUGCUUGCUGGCUUUCAGAAGGCCAAUUUAAAUAACUAUGGUAGUCAUUGAACUGCAAUGCAAGAGCUUACCGUGUUAACUCCACGUUCAGAGUUGCACCUCCAGCUGUGUCAAGUAAUGAAAGGGAUUUUGGGCUGUUUAGCCACUGUUAGGAGUGGGCUAACUGUUGUUGUGCUUACUGUACAUUCUUUGAUCUCCACGGGCCUCCUUUGACUGAAAUGCGGAGUUUUGAGGAUCAUGAAGGAAGACUGGAAAAAUGCUGGUCCUCCUAAUUCUCAAACCUGGCAUUAUAGCAGCUCUCAUAUCUAUUUGGUGAAAAGCAAAAACAACUUAGUACUCAGGGUAUAUAUAGUGUUAAAAGUGGUCUCAUUGGACACACAGCAUAUCUUCUGUCCGUAGUACAAUUGUGCACUUCUUCAGGUCGGGGAAACAAUCCUCACUCAGUGGUUCCCAAACUCUCUGCCUCAAGGUUUCAAUGAGUCCAUGUUUUCCACAGAGCUGGAGCCCAAGGGCCGCUGGAGGUCAGGAAUGAAAAGCAUGACGCUGCAUUAGCCCCACUCCUGUUUUGUCCACUCUACACACAACCUCACAACCCAACUGUGAACCUCAUAACUCUACUGUUUUGUACAACUAUGAAGUAAAUGAAGCUAGCUAGAGCUUAAGUUGUAUCUAUUGCCAUUUAUGAAUUUAUUUUAUAGCAUGAAUUAAAAAGUAUAUUUAUUCAAAUUAUAUAUUUUACUCAUAAUCAUUCUGUGCUGCUUUGUUUUGGUUCUUCAGCUUGUAAAUGGCCUUUUUAUCAAGCAUUAUAAAAUGUCAAUAGACAAAUGCGCUUGUUUGUAAAAUAAAGAUGCUGAUUUAGCUCUUA